UGCGCAGCUGACUUAAUGCAAGGAUUCCGCGGCACAGGCCAAGGAGGGCAGGGAGGAAUUGUGGUGCUUGGAAUAAACAGAGCUUAUGGCAAAAAUUCACUUAGUAAAAAUCUUAUAAAAAUGUUAUCAAAAGCUGUGGAUGCCUUAAAAUCUGAUAAGAAAGUUCGGACUAUAAUAAUCAGGAGUGAAGUCCCAGGGAUAUUCUGUGCUGGGGGAACUCAGCGGUUACCAAGGGCCAUCGGGAUGUCUCUGGCCAAGGAGCUCAUCUUCUCUGCACGAGUGCUUGAUGGACAAGAGGCCAAAGCCGUGGGCUUGAUCAGCCACGUCCUGGAGCAGAACCAGGAGGGGGAUGCGGCCUACAGGAAGGCCCUGGACCUGGCCAGGGAGUUUCUACCUCAGGGACCUGUUGCAAUGAGAGUGGCAAAACUAGCAAUUAAUCAAGGGAUGGAGGUUGACUUAGUAACAGGAUUAGCCAUAGAAGAAGCAUGUUAUGCUCAGACCAUUCCAACAAAAGACAGACUUGAAGGUCUUCUGGCUUUUAAAGAGAAAAGGCCCCCACGAUAUAAAGGAGAAUAGAAGAAACAGAAGUUCUAAUGAUACCAUGUGAUCAAUGUACUUCUGGAAGUAUCUUUCAGAUCCACUCUGAUGCCUCAGCACAUGGAAUCUCAAUGACCAAAGGGAAGAGCGAGUUGCUCGUGUCGUGUGUUACGCAUCUGGAAUGGACCCAUAUGUAUACUUCAUGCCAAUGUGUAUCAUGUUAAAUUCAUUCAGAUUUAUAAAGCAAGUAGCAUAUAUCGUCAAAAAACAGGUUAAAAUUUAGGUAUAUGUUUUUAAAUAUUUCCUGCAUAUAAGGCUUUCCGUUCUUAAUUUUUUAAUGUGAAUAAUUUAUAUAUUGCACAUUCUAGGAAAUAAUAUUGAUUGUAUGUCUACUGUGCUGCAUUAAGAAAAUAAAAUUACUUCUGUAUACCAAAAAAAAUGUGAAAUUAUACCAAAUAAAGUUUCUAAGUGGUUAUGCACAUAGGAACAGACACGCAUACAUCUCAACCUGAAAAAAUGAAUUGAUAGAUAGUCUGAGUGAAAACUACCUAAUAUAAAUAAAAUUAGUGAAAAGAAAA